AUGGUUUCAUUUUGCUCUAAAGGAGUCGCGUUGGUGACGUUAUUUUUGUUUAAGUGUAUUUUUAUGGAAGCCUUGCAGUAUGACAACUACACUUUCAGAAACUACCCUGAAGAGGAGCUCAUGCCCCUCGCUGCUGCGUAUGGAUUAGCUUUGGAUCAUUACGUAGCGGAGGAGUGGACGGAUUCCAUUAAAUACUUGGAGCUGAGUUUAAGUUUACACCGGCUUUUAAAAGACAGUAUAAGACACUGCGUGUUUCACUGUAACAGCAGCGAACAUGAAGAGUCGAGCUUUACAGGAAACAAGGAUUUAGAAGUCUACUGGCAUGUUAUGAUGAGAGCAACCUGCCAGACCAAGUGCAGGGCGAAAUUCCCCGUUUUACAGCUUCCUCCUCCAGGAAGAGAGAUCCUGCAGGAGUUCAGCAGAAGAUCUCCGUACAGGUACCUGCACUCUGCGCACUCCAAGCUGGGUGACCUGCAGAGAGCUGUGCCAUGCGCCUACACCUACCUGCAGAAGAACCCAGAGGACGAGGAGAUGCACCGACUGAUGGAGGAGUACAAGAUCCAGUAUGACCUCAGUGGAUACCUCACUGACUAUGAGGAACAACUGUAUGAGGCCUCCUUUCUAAAAGGAAUCAAACUUGUGAAUUCAGGAGACUACAGCAGCAGCGUUGGACACAUGGAGGAAGCGCUCAGGCUCUACCUCAGAGAGUACAACCUCUGUCAGGCAGACUGUGAAGGCAUCAGUCAACUUUCACCACACAGUGACUUCUACACAGUCGUAGCAGGGAUCUUCAUUGAGACAUUACGUUGUCAGCUGAAGUGUGAAGAAAACUUGAAGCCUAAUGUUGGUGGAUUCUUUGUGGAGAAAUUUGUUGCCACUAUUUACCACUACCUCCAAUACGCCUAUUAUAAGAUGAAUGAUGGUCGCAGCGCAGUGCCCUGUGCAUACAGCUACAACCUGUUUGAACCUGAGGACCAGGUCAUGAAGCAGAACCUGCAGUAUUAUGAAGCCUACAGCAAACAGUGGGGGCUGCAGCCUGAACACUUCUCCCCCAGGAUGGAGGCUCUUAAACUCUACAAUCAGACUGUCACUGUAAAGCAGAUGCUGACAUCUGCACAGAAGUACCUGGACAUGGACGAUGAGGAUUUUUGGGGACCAGAGGAAGCUGCUUUACUGGCCCCAGAGUCUCCUGAUGUGGAGUUUGAAGGGAUGGGAGACUAUGAGGAGUCCAUCUAUGCUGACUGGAGGCAACCAAAGGGCAAAGGAGAUGCCGGGGAGACAGAUAUCUGAGCAGAGCAGACACUAAGGAUAUCCAGACAAGAUUAGAAAAGUAAUUUACAUUGAUAAUGAAUAUGUCACUUUUGAGAAUAGAAAAUAUCCAUUGAUAUUUAAAGGGGAAACAAUAGGUAAAGUUUGA